GAAGCCAUGAGCACCUGGCCGCCAUAAGCGUUCCGCUCAAAGUGCAAUGUCCUUCCCAAAGCCUGGCUGAGACGAUGCCACAGGAGCGGGAACAGGAAGGAGACCUUGUUGGGCCUCAAACAAGGCAAUACUGAGCAACAAAUUCCUUUGACUUCGACUGCUUCCAUGGUCCUCAGUGAUUGAACAGUGAGCUUAAACAUAGAAAAACGCGACAACCUCGUGUGACACCUUCGAUCUUCCUCAGUUUGGCCCAAAUGCCCUCCUGGUCGCGUGGGUUGUGGACGACCAUUGCCGAGCUGUCCUUGGGCGAUCUGAGGAGCAGCUUCCUCAAUCGCUCCUCGUCGCGUUGUUGGUCUGAAGAGUUUACUCGCAGCUUGGGAUGUUGGACGGAGGAUCUCAAAGGAAGUGAUUGGAAAUUGGAUUGGAUCUUGUCCUGUUGUAAAGGAAGUGAUGAUCCACACUGCUGGUCCGGCCAGAAGCGGAGUGUGGAAGAUUGUUGUUUCGCCUUUUUACCUCAAGUCUUGGGCAAAGGGUUUGCAGAUAUGUUGAGUAAAGAGGUCUUCAGACACUUGCAGAUGCGCGCUGCAGAUUUGCACUUGGUCCGGAGGUUGUAUUGGUCAUGUCUCGACUUCUUUCCCGAGAAGCUACAAGAAGAGUUGUCGGCACAAAUGAGUACAUGGCAGUCAGUGAGAGCAGUCAUGACCCAGAGCAUGGCGCCUUUGUCGGGUCGGCGGCAGGACUUGACAGGGAGCCUGAAGUUGGUGACCAACAACAUCUUAAUGCAACAACGUUCGAAGGCGAGCUUUGUGCAGCGUGUCGGUUUGCAGCAAGAUUGUAUCAUCGACUUAUUUUCAGCACGAUGUGAGAAAGAGCAUUUGCCGAUCUUCCAGCAGUUUGGUGUGGUUCAAGGACCCAACAACCAAGGAGAGGUUUACGAUUUCCUGGGUGUCACCACUGCGACCGACGUCCACUGCCCUGCUGGCUCCGUCCGAUCUUUGCAUUCCACGUUGCAUGCGUGUCGCCCCUUGAGCCACUUCUUUGAGUGCACUGCUCUCGUGAAAAACUGGGGCCGGUUGCUUCCCAUGUUGGACGAGGAAUAUUUCGAAUGGGAAGAUGUGAUGGACACGGCCUUCUUGGCUGCCCAACGAGGGGAUCACUUCGCCAUGGCAGAGGUGGGUGCAGGUGUCUAUGGCAUUUGGGCCAUCCGUGCGGCUCGCGCCUUCCUUCGCUUUGCGCCACCGGAGGCCACCUGCGACGUUCUCAUCGUGGAGCCUCUGCUCCUCGACCGGCAGCUGCUGCAGGAGCACGCAGAUCGAAAUCUUCCACCGAACCGCUGCCGGGUGAUCGUCGUCGAAGCCUUCGUGGUGCAGCCGAAGGAGCUUUGGCAACUGCUGAGCAACCACAGCCGUUCGGGUCUUUGGGACUUGGUGGAUAUCGACACCGACGAAGCGGAGCUGGGGAUGCUCCGGGGCUUAGCGGAGCAUCUGCCGAAGCGGGUGCGACGGCUCCACGUCUCCACGCAUACGCGCUUCAUCCAUGGCAACGUCAAGAGUUGGUUGCAAGCUGCAGGGUGGACGUUUGCCACGGACUUUGCGCCCUACUCCCUGGGGCGCCACGAGAAGAUCGGCCACUUCGUGAACUGCGAUGGCCGCUUGUCGGCUCGACCGGCAUUUGCGAAAAGAAGGGCACAGAACACCGGUGUGUCACGGAUGUCAUUGAAGCAUUGA